UGUAAACGUCAAACGUCAAUGUCAACGAAGUCGGAGCACCCCAUUCAGUGUCCGUGGUUAUGUUAUUCCAGUGAAGUCGUUUAUAACAGCGGCCCGUAACUAUAAGCUAUUAUAUAAUUUAUGCGUACACCGUAUCAACUAUAUCAGUUAACAAAAAUUGAUUCAAUUGAAUGAUGUGCGUCCGCAUGUUUGCACCUCUGCCAGUGGUAACUCGUGCGCUCACGUAAAGAUAAUGUAAUAUCUCCGUUAUUCGGGUUUUAAAUUAAUAAAGCAGUAAAAUCAAACAAUAAUGACGAUAUUUUAAUUUACUAUUAAGCAUGUCAGUUAGUGCAAAAAUGGUUUAUAACAUUGACUGGAUAAUCCCCAACCUUCGGAGCCCUACCAAGUUGUGGAGCAUCGCCAGUACGAUUACGGUGGCUGCUGUGGGGUUGUUUAGCAAGAUUCUAAUCCAAUGGUUGAACAAAGCAAAAGUUCACAAUAAUCACAUUAUAACUUCAAUAUUAGACAAACGACCGCGAAAUGUGCCUCUUAUAACAGUCUCAAAUCAUCAUUCUUGCUUUGAUGACCCAGGACUUUGGGGGACCCUAAAAUGGCGUCAUCUCAUGCGUCCCUUCGUGAUGCGAUGGUCACUGGCAGCCCAUGACAUCUGCUUUACAUGCGCGCAGCAUUCGUAUUUCUUCAGUUUGGGUAAAUGCAUCCCUGUUAUAAGGGGUGCCGGCGUAUAUCAAGACGCCGUCGACUUCUGCAUAGAGCAGUUGGCCAAGGGCUCUUGGGUUCACGUUUUCCCAGAAGGUAAAGUGAACAUGACCAAAGAAAACAUGAGACUGAAAUGGGGCGUCGGCAGAAUGAUUUUCGAAUCUCCUAUCACGCCCAUCGUCGUCCCCAUAUGGCACAUCGGCAUGGACGAUGUCCUUCCGAACGAGCCUCCCUACGUUCUGCGAUUGGGCAAGAAUCUGACCUUCAACUAUGGAAAUCCCAUAGACCUGUCGGAGAUGGUGAGGCAGCUGAAGGAUAGGAAAGCCACCGAUGUGGAAGCAAGGAAACAAAUCACCGAUUUUCUGCAAGACCAGUUACUCAAACUGAAAGCGGAGACGGAGGAGUUACAUAAGAAGAAUUUUAAAGUUAAUUUAUGAUAUUUUAGCGAUUAGUUAGGGCACAUUUUUCUAUUUAUUCGCCUUUUAUCAUUUUUAAAAUAACGUGUAAAUUAUUCUUUGUUUUAAUGUGGAGAGUAGUUUCGGGUUGCGCAUGGUUUUGUUGGUAAAGCAAUGUUGAAUGCUAGUCAUCUAAUUUGCCAUUAGUUUGUUUUUCUUUGGAGGUUGAACGCGGAGACUGUGAAUUAAAUUUACGGUACGCAAGGGUAUUAUUUACAGCAUUGUAUUUAUAGCAAUUUUUAAUUUGUAGCACGAAUGGGGAAUGUUUUAUCGUGUGUUGUUGAUUUAUUUAAUUUUAGUAUGACACGUAUCACGACAUUUUGUGUAAUGCCAAAGUUAUCAUCACAAAGGUGGCCCUUUAAGCGCAAAGCAUUACUUUAUUAUUGUGAUAUUUUUUUAGUUGGAGGUUUACAGUCUGGUUGUAGAAACGGGGCCCAAACACAACAAUUUUCUAUAACCAGACACGUUUCAAUGAAUUUAUAAAAUAUAUUGAAUUAUACAAGGUAGAACGUAGCGUAUAAUUGUUUUAUAAAUUGGGAACUUGCAUGAGGCGUUGCUUUUAAAAGGACGCUUAUUUUAGAACUACAUUAAGGUGGUAUCACACAAAUCGCUCUUAAAUUUAAGACUACAUUCUAAAGUAUGGUUUUGGAAGCUGAAACUUUUUAAAGAUCUCAGCGCGUUUAAAUAGCUGUCAUAUUUAGUUAGUAGUCAGUCCAAAAAGCAAUUCUCAACCACGUCAAAAGCUACAUAAACGUGAUUUUUACAAUUCUAAAUAUAGUUAAUUAGAUUCAAGUUUGGACGAAGAAUAAUACGAAGGUUAAUAAAGUUAAUUACAAUUCCGGUUAUUGGUAAUUAAACUUUUUUAAAUUGUAUUGAAAAAAGUAAUAUUCAUUAAUAUAUUAUAAUGGUAAACAACUUAAUACAAAAUAUGAGCUAAAAGGGAGAUCUUUAUCAAUCAUAAUAUCCGUUUUCAGUAUUCUCUAAUGCAGUACUGAUUUAGCUAAGUUUUUCUGUUCUAUACUUUUGAAAAUAAGUUGAUCAAAGAAAGUUUUUUACGAAAAAAUACUGCUUUGCUGAACUCCCAGUUUGUACUAUUUCAGUUGUACCUCCUAAAAGUUAUCUUUUUGUCGCUGUCCUUUUCUCAUUUCUUCUUGUAUUAUUAGUAUUUUAAACUUGAGAAUAUAUAUUGUUACUUGCAUCAUUCUAAAAAAAGUUCAAUUUUGUCUGUUGACUAAAACACAGGCUGUGUUAUUAUCUCAGAAGAAUUUACUGUUCGCCCUAUUUUUACAAUAGCGGCUUAUUGUACAUUCAGAAUUGUUGGUUUUUGCAUUUUAUUAGGUUGUAAUUUUUCCGCCAAUGCAAUUUGGUAAACAACUAUUUAUUGAGGAUGUAAAAAUGGGGUCAAGUCUGGAGGCAAAUCUACCGGCGUGUCUAAGCGCACAUUUGCAUCAUAUUACGAUGUAAUCCCGUUAUAAUCUUGCGCAUGCACCACUUUAUUAACACUUAAUUGUGACCAUGUAAGGUGUGCCUUGGGGCCCAAUACGGUGCUAUUCUGCCUAAGCCAUAUAACAAGCUCUUUUACAAUUUUGUUUAUAAUACUAUGUAAUUCUUAGUUACGCUGGUGGAUCCAUCCCAUAUCCCUUCACAAAACACAAUCUUUUAAAUUGUGCAAGUUCUCAGUUAGGGUUUUAAUAUUAAAAGUAGCUUGUAGCGUCUAGGUAGUAGUCAUAUUGGUUCCUUCAAUUGGGACUGUAAAAAAAAUAAAUGUCUCCCCUAUUUUUAUUAAACUAGAUUUAGUUUUCCCAUUUUUAUAAGAACAAAGUCGGUAGCGACAAAUGAAAAUGAUUUUGUAAAUAAUUAGUUAAGAUUAGGGCGUUUAAUGGUAUUUAUAUGUAAUUGUGAUUGUUGUGUUGAAAUUAGAUUUGUUAACAGAUUUGUUGUGUACGUUUUUUUGUUUUUCUUUCUAGAUCAAUUUUUGUAAGUAGGGUUACUUUAACGAUGCACUUCCAUUCCAAAAAUCAUCGUUUUCCUGAACAAUUAAUUUGUUCCUCCUUGUUAGAUCAUUUUAGAAAUAUGUACCUAAAUAUUUUAUUGUUUAGAUUGUUGUGCUUCUAUUUUUUAAAUAAAUUCAAUUUGAACAGA